ACCACUUCUUCUAUAUGAUUCUAUAUAUUUCGGGUGCAAAAAUGGCGCCAGAAUCUCUCUAUAGGAUUCAAUUGUUUAUAUUAUCCUUUUAAAUGAACAUGAUGUUUCUUUGGGCUUGAGCAUACAAAAUUUUUCCCUUCAACAUUAUUGAGUAUCAUUUAUUAAAGACCUUGGUUGUCCUCCUCUUCCUCCUCUUGGUGUUUACAUCAGUCCUAAAUCUUGAGUAAAUUUGUGUUUUUCUCAUUGUCAGAUUUGAUCAUAAUCCCAUCGAUAAAUAAAAUAUAAAUUAAUCAUUAUGCCAGUCGUGUUAAUAGCGACCGAUCGAACAUGGACUUCGGUGAAUGCAACCGAACUAAAUGAUCAUAUACUUAAUGAUGGUAUUUUUGAAGGUCCAACAUUCAUCACUCGUGAUGAAUUUGGUAUCCCACCUGAUGAGACAUUUUUGUACAAAAGUCUUAAUGUACAUCUCGUACGUGAACAAACUUAUUCCACUAAUCUGAAAGCGGCAACUGUUUUGAGCCGUUUUGUAUCACAUGGAUAUCGUAUCGUUGCAUCGGCAGGAUCCGGUGUAGGAACAUCAGGUAAAGCACGUUACAGUGCCGAUGUUGCUGUCACAGAUUAUCGUUGGCUAUGGACAUUGGUCAGGGAUGAUAUGGCACCACCACCAUAUCCAUCGAUAUCAUCAAAUAAAGUUUCAUUGUCACAGACAAGAGAAAAACCUAGUUAUUCGUCUUCUGGUGAUAAUGUUGAUCAGACAAUUAAUGGAAAUUGUGGCAGUAGUAGUUGUUUUAGAAAUUAAUUUUGAUUGAAUUGAC